AUGGCAGCAAAGGUGCCCCCAUUGCAGAUUCAACCGUGGCCAAGCACGGAUUCUGCAUUGUCUAGACUGCGUGUGGAUUUCGCAGGAUCAAUAAAUGGCUCUCAUUAUAUUAUCGUUGUGGAUAGCUAUUCCAAAUGGCCUGAAGUGUGCAAAUGGUCAAGGCCAACCACAAGUGUAACGAUUAACUUCUUGAAAGAAUUAUUCGCUCGUUAUGGGGUGCCAGAUACGAUCGUGUCAGAUAAUGGUACACAAUUCACGGCGAAGGAGAUCGAAAGAUUCUGUAAGUCGGUUCAAAUGAAACAUGUUUUAACUCCGCCAUACUUUCCUGACGGGAAAUUCUUGAAGAUACAAAUAUGA